UCACGUUCGAACCACUCACGAGGUCACGCGGACCUUGCGAGCCAAUCGAAGCAGCUGUGGGAUAUUCAAAAGUUCGGUACACUCGCCGCAGCUGUCGACGCUUGCUUGGCGGUCCCAGUUUUUCUGCUUUUGUUCUCCUGGCGUAUUGACGUUAAACAGUUGCUGCUCACGAUGUCACACAAGAGCAUAUACUACUCGGACAAGUAUUAUGACGAAAAGUUUGAGUACAGGCAUGUAGUCCUACCGAAAGAAAUCGCCAAGCUCGUCCCCAAGUCGCACCUCAUGUCCGAAAGUGAAUGGAGAGGAAUUGGCGUGCAGCAGAGUCAGGGAUGGGUGCACUACAUGAUUCACGAACCCGAGCCACACAUCCUGCUGUUUAGGAGGCCACUCCAAGAAACAAGUGCCCCUACCCAGGUGGAACAGAUCAAGAGCGACAUGUGAUUAGAUGGUGUCAAGUAUGGUGUCCUGGUGCUAUGCAGCGGCUGCCACCUUUGCCCCCGACUCUGUAUAUACUGUACAAAUCCAAAGUGGAUAAAAAGAGGUCUGCGGCAGCUUGUCAACUGGAACAGGCAGUGACGAAGCACCUUUCUUCCUUGAAAGUUGUCUUCUGAACUUUUUUUUUCCCCAUCCUGGUGCCGUGUACCACUUCCUCAAGUCUUUCGCUGCCUAUGGACACGCGGCUUCCAGCGUUUUGUCAGGCUGUUGAAGGACGUUUUUCUUUUUUUUUCCCAAUCGUCUCCCUGCUCUCAUCUUGGCCUUCUCAUGUUCCUACGUGUCGCUCUUUGCUACAUUCUGCAGUGUAGCUUUGUAGCAUUUUCUCUUCUCCACUCACGUGCUCCUCUCCUUUUCUCUUCUGCAGGCUACAGUGCUGUAUGGAUGAGUGAGUGAAUAAAUAUAUUUUAUUGUUUGUCC